ACUUUAAAAAACUAUUUGACUAAUUAAAUCUACCUAUUGGGCCGAUAAAAGGCAUUUUCGAUUCCCUCCUCUGCAAGGAGAUACAGAGAAAGAGCGAGCUUCAAUUGAAUAACAGUCAUGGCGUCGUCGGACACAGAAUCUCGAGAACAGAGUUUAAGUAGCAGAGGGGACGAUCUUUCAGACAUGGUGGGGGUAGGCAUGAUUACACGUAAGCGUGCUGCUGAACAGCAGUCGGUUCACCCCCAGAAAAGGUCCAGAGCUGGUCUUUCAGAUGUGAAUAGAACCAAUGCAGGUGGUCAGGUUCUAUCGGAGUCAGAAGGUGGGACAGAUUCUUCUUUCCAGCACACACCUCCUUCUCACUUUAAUAGUGGGAGAGGGAUGCAGAAUUCGAAUGUGGAUGCUACAGUUGAUGGUGCUGCUAGCUUGUCAGGGCGAGUCCUUGGUGGAAAGGUCAAAGAGACUGGAGCCAAAAGAAAAAAAUCUUUUCAAGGAGGACAUGAUCCAGUCAAUGAUAUGAGUUUAAUUGAUGUUAUCAAGAAUCAUGGAAAGCUUGUUCCUCAGGCUGCUAAGAAUUGGGUUGAGAGGUAUGAAGUGGAUUCAAAAGCUGCCUUGACAGAUUUAUUAAUGAUGCUCUUUGAGGCAUGUGGAGUUCAAUACCAAGGUGAUGAAGGCCCUGUGGAUGAAAUUGAUGUGGAUGACGUGGUUGUUUUCUUAGUAAAUCAGGCUAGAGAUGGCAAUCUAGAAGAUUAUCUUGGAUCCAAGCAAAAGGAUUUAAAGAAUUUCAAAGAUAACCUCCUCCUGUUUUGGGACAGCCUUGUCAUUGAAUGCCAGGAUGGACCGUUAUUUGACCAAUUAUUUUUGGAGAAGUGCAUGGAUUAUGUCAUUGCUCUUUCAUGCACCCCUCCAAGAGUUUUCCGUCGGGUCACAACAUUGGUUGGACUGCAGCUUGUGACAUCACUUGUUACGGUUGCAAAAACUCUCGGUGGACAGCGAGAGACUACACAACGUCAGUUAAAUGCUGAGAAAAAGAAACGGAAAGAUGGUCCCCGAGUGGAGUCAUUGAAUAAGACAUUGUCUGUAACUCAUGAAAAGAUAACUAUGGCAGAGGAAAUGAUGCGUAAAAUAUUUACAGGACUUUUUAUGCAUCGAUACAGAGAUGUAGAUCCAGAUAUUCGGAUGGCAUGUAUCAGAGCUAUUGGUUCUUGGAUUGUCUCGUACCCUUCACUAUUUUUGCAAGAUUUAUAUCUGAAAUAUCUUGGAUGGACUUUGAAUGAUAAGAAUCCUGCUGUCCGGAAAACCUCUAUUGCUGCACUGCAAUGCCUAUAUGAGGUGGAUGAUAAUGUACCAUCACUUAGCCUUUUUACAGAACGAUUCUGCAACCGAAUGAUUGAGCUUGCAGAUGAUAUUGAUGCGACUGUGGCUGUUAAUGCUAUAGGACUCUUGAAACAGUUACUGAGGCACCAGCUUCUUGUGGAUGACGAGCUUGGCACACUGUAUGACUUAUUGAUUGAUGAGUCACCACUCAUUCGCCAUGCUGUGGGAGAAUUAGUACAUGAUCAUUUGAUUUGUCAGAAAUUUAGCACCUCUCAGUCUAUGCCUAAAGGGAUGAGCAACGAUGCUUCUGAAGUUCAAAUAGGGAGGCUGUUGCAAAUACUGAGGGAAUUUUCUGCAGAUCCAAUUCUCAGUGACUAUGUCAUCGAUGCUGUCUGGGAAGAAAUGAAGGCAAUGAAAGACUGGAAAUGUAUCAUUUCCAUGCUUCUGGAUGAUAAUCCAAGGAUUGAACUUACAGAGAAAGAUGCAACAAAUCUUGUUCGAGUCUUGUGUGCUUCCGUGAAAAAGGCAGUCGGUGAGAAGAUUGUUCCCACAGCUGAUAGCCGCAAAGGUUCCCUCACUAAAGCUCAGAAGGAAGCAUUGGACAAUAGUAGACGAGAGGUAACUGCUGGCAUGAUAAAGCAUUACCCACAAAUGCUGAGAAAAUAUUUAGCAGAUAAGGAAAAGAUAUCGCCUUUGGUGGAAAUCAUAAUGCAUCUGAAGUUGGAGCUUUAUUCCCUGAAGCGUCAAGAACAGAGUUUCAUGAACUCACUUCAACUUAUAAAAGAUGCAUUUUUCAAACAUGGAGAAGAGAAAACUUUAAAGUCAUGUGUCAAGGCAUUCACAUUUUGCGCCAGUGAAAGUCAGGCAGACUUGCAAGAUUCUGCACAGAAUAAGUUGAAGGAGUUAGAAGAUGAACUUGUUCUCAAGCUUAGAUCAGCCAUCAAACAAGCUGGGGUUUCAGAGGAUGAGUACUCUCUGACAGUUAAUCUGAAAAGGCUUUACCAGCUUCAGUUAUUGAAGUUUGUAUCAAGCGAGAGUUUGUUCGCAGAUGUUCUUUGCCUUGUUAAGGAUUUUAACAAUUUGGAUGAUGAGGUGAUCCGGCUUGUUCUUCUGAACAUGCACUUGCAUGUUACUUGGUCAUCACGAUCAAUUGAAAUUGAUAAUCCCUCUGACACAGGAAUGGUAGCAUUUCUAUCUAAACGUGAUAAUCUUAUCAGUCAGCUGGAAUACUUUACAGAUAAUGUUCUUGAAAGCUGUGAACAGGGAGCUGCAAGAAGUGAACUCACCAGUACAAUAUGUGUCAUCUUAGCAGACUUGUGGAGUUUAUUCAGCGAAGCAAAGUUGAAUUUGACCAAGCAACAAUGUUUGGGAUUCUGUCCAAGUGAGGCUAUGUUGAAGAAAUUUUGGAAGCUUUGUGAAUAUCGCCUUAAUGCUGCUGAUGAUGAUGAGGAGGAAGAGGAUUCAAAUGAACAUGUAGAUGAGAUAAAUCAGAAGGAUGUUGUCAUGUCUGCUGCAGCGAAAUUGGUUGCACAUGAGAUGGUUCCUAAGGAUUUCCUUGGUGCGGAGAUUAUUUCACAUUUUAUUCUUCAUGGAGGAAUUGUUGCUGAGACAGUGAAGCAUCUUAUCACUCUUUUGAAGAAAAAUUCUAAAGGUGACGAUCUCCCAAAAAUGUGUCUAGAAGCCACUAAGAGGGCAUAUCAACGACAUGUUUUAGAGGCUUCAAAAAAUGAUGAAGAUUGGACUACAAGCAAGUCCUUCUUACAAUGCAAGGAACUUGCAAGUCGGCUGUCAGCAACAUUUUUGGGUUCUGCUCGCGAUAAGCACAAACCAAACAUUCUGAAAAUUGUAAAUGAAGGAAUAGAAUAUGCAUUUAAGGAUGCUCCAAAGCAGUUACCAUUCUUGGAGGGAGGUGUUCUACAGUUUGCUCUCAAAUUGCCUUUGCCAGAUGUGCAAGAAAUAAUUAAGCAUGUCCAAAAGAGAGUGGAGGGUAUCAACACUGACGAAGAUCCUAGCAGUUGGCGUCCCUAUUUCACAUUUGUAGAUUAUUUGCAGGAAAAACAUUUGAAGAAUGAAGGUGUUUACGGAGAAAGGGAAGCAUCUGUUGCAAAGCAUCACAUUCCUCGUCCCAAAAAGGCUAAGGCUGUGAAGGGGAAAAUUCUUUUUGAAGGACAGGACUCGACAGAUGACGAAGAUGCACACAGUGAAUCAGAUCAGGAGGAUGCAGAAGCUGAAGAUGAUGAUACUCCAUUGUCUCAUGUAAGGCAAGCAUCCAAAUUUGUGAAUGUAAAAGCAACAAAAACAGAGAGUGCUGAAAAAGCAAGGCGGACUUUGCCAAAGAUUCCUGGAAAAUCGUUACGAGAAACAAGAACUGACACUUCAGAAUCAGCGCAACCUGAGUCAGGAUCAAUAGGUGCAGAGGUUAAUGUUGCACAUGAUUUGUUUGCUUCUGCUACUGAGGAACAAUUACCUAUUGGCUUGGGUCGACAAAGUCAAUUUGUUCACUCUGGUUUACGGGCAGAGAAGACACCAGCAGGUGGUGUCAAUACAAGGGCUGCUCCCAGGAACUUCAAUUCUGGAGAUUAUGGGAAAACUAUGUCAUCAUCCUCAGCUGAAGAUCAUAGCAGAGUCAGCAAGGAAUAUUUAUCAGGCCAAAAUGUCAGCAAAACCUUUUUGUCUUCAAGUGAAGACAUCGAUGAUGAAUUUGUUGGUGCAAGAAGACUUAGGCUGUAAUUAUACUGUAAUGGCAAAUAGUAGUUCAUCUUGUAACUAAAACUUGGCAGAUGAGCCAUGUAAGAACUUGCUGUGAGUAGGUUCUUGACUUUUAGAAAAUGCCCAUCCAUGUCUGAAGUCAUCUCUUUUAGUGAAGCUGUGCUCGACCUCAUGAAUAGCAAGAACUCACAUGCCUGAUUUGAUUUGAUGCUUAUUUUGUUAUUCCAAAUUACUAGUGUUGACAGCAUUGAGCAGCUCAAGCAAUCUAUCGGUCAAAUUCUGAAACUGCUUGUGUAUUAUCGUGCCUCUUUAAUUUCAAGAUGUCAUAGCUUUUUGGAUCA